UCUUCGGCCACUCUAGUCUACAUAUUUAAUCAAAAGUGUUCAGCACUUUGUCGUAGAAUCGUAUUUAUCCAAAAGUGGUAACAGGUGUGUUUUGCCGCGUCUCGUAUUUGAUUUCGGUGUUUGAAAUCUUUCUACUUUGGACUGCUUCAGAGCGAACAACUGAUACAGAGAGAGCUAUAUCAUUUACGAAAAAAUUGCUUGGUAAAAUUCCAAAUUCUUAUACAUUUUCGAAGUCUUUAGCCGAAGCUCUUGUAUAUGAAAAAGUUGGAAAAAUACCACUUAUAAUUUGUAGACUAGCCGUAGUUAUUCCAUCAUUUAGCGAUCCAUUUCCUGGAUGGUUUAAUAAUCUUCAGGGACCAAUGGGAUUAUUUGUCGCUGCUGGAAAAGGUGUUAUUAGAUCCAUGUAUAUGGAUAGUAAUUCAUAUGCUAAUAUGGUUCCAAUAGAUGCGACUGUAAGCGGUUUAAUGGUAUUAUCUUGGUACUAUCUAAAAACAAAGAAUCCUCCUUACAUUUUUAACGCAUGUGUACCACAGAAAGAUAUCCGUAUGACUUGGGAGGAAAUUAUGAAUUUGGGUAGAGAAAUCAUAGAAACUAAGGCACCGUUUAAUGGAAUACUUUGGUACCCUGGAGGAACGAUGACAAAGAGUCGUCUUUACAAUCAAAUCAACUUUGUACUCUUUCAACUUAUUCCUGCUAUUUUUAUUGACGCAUUAUUAUUUAUAUUUGGUUAUAAACCCAUAUUAUAUAACAUUCAAAUGAGAAUUCGAAAAGGUGCUGAAAUGUUUGAAUUUUAUACAACUAAGCCUUGGGACUUUGAGACGACCAAUGUAGAACUAAUAAGAGAUAAACUGACAGAGGCAGAAAGGAAAACGUACGUUUUAAAACCUGAUAAAAUUAAUGUAAGAGAGUACUUGUUUGAUUGUAUGAUGGCGUGCCGAAGAAAUUAUUUAAAAGAAACUGAUGACAUGCUUCCUGCAGCAAGAAGGAAUAUGAAAAUAAUGUUCUGUUUGGAUAGAUUCAUCAAGAUUGCGUUCUUUGUCUUGUUGGCAUACUAUAUCUACAAAUUAAAGGAUUAUGUUUUUUCUUGAAACAAAUAUAAUUUUUUCUUCAAUUAUCUUUAUUACAGGUACUGAAGGACAUUAUUUAUGCUACACAUAUUUCAUUGUUAAUAUUUU